UUGUUGACGGUUAGCCAGACGCUUGCUACAUAUUAUAGUGAUCUGUGCGCCAGACCGGUUAGCGGUGCAGUUAUUAUUUGCAAUUAUCCUGUUUGUGGGUACUGACGUAUAUUAUUGCUUCUAGAAUGAAGAAAAUCGUGAUCUUCGGCUCCACCGGCAUGACGGGGCUUUGCGCCUUGGAUGCUGCAGUGAAAAAAGGUUUGUCGGUGCGAGCCUUCGUUCGGGACCCCGCUAAAGUGCCAGAGUAUCUCAAGGAUAAGGUGGAGAUCUUCGAAGGGAAUGUGCUCGAGCCCGAUUCCGUCUCCGAGGCCGUGGAAGGCACAGAUGGGGUGGUCAUAGCUCUAGGCACCCGCAACUGCCUGGACCCAACUUCGGACAUGUCCGAGGGCACUAAGAACAUCAUCGACGCAAUGCGCGCGAAAAACGUGAAGCCUGUCUCCGCGUGCAUAUCUGCCUUCCUCUUCUACGAGCCGGAGAAAGUGCCCCCGAUAUUCGUCAGCAUAAACGAGGACCACAAGAGAAUGUACCAAGCGUUGAAGGAGAGUCCUCUGGAUUGGAUCGCGGUUUUCCCUCCACAUAUAGCAGACGAGCCCAGCCGCGAAAUCCAAGUAGAAGUGAACGCCGACAAGUCGCCUGGCAGGACCAUCUCCAAGUGGGACCUCGGCUCCUUCCUGGUCGACUCACUCGACGACCCCAAGUAUUAUAAGUCUGUCAUCGGCAUCUGCAAUACGCCGAAACAGUAAACUGCCAUUGGAUAUUUUAGUCGUAAGAAUAUAAAUGUGGCAAGUGGUAAAAGGUUGUCCGACAACCAAGCGCACAUUAGAUACGGAGCAUUUAAAUUAUAGGUAUAUUGUACUAGUACCUCAUUGUUACUUUAUUGUUAUUUAAGGGCAAGGCAAACAAUUUGUGAUUUUAACAUUAUUUUAUUAAAUAAAUGUCUUAUUGUUA